UUGGCUGCGGGAUGUCUGUCUGUGGGAGCGGGCCUUUUGGAGGAGACCGGAAGUGGAGGCACUGAGAGGUGACCAGAAAUGGAGAGAAAAGUAAGCAGAAUCUGUCUUGCUUCUGAACCUGAUAUAAUUCAUUUUCUACAAGUGGCUUGGGAGAAAACAUUAGGAUCUGGUUUUGUUAUUACACUUACUGAUGGUCAGUCAGCAUGGACCGGGACAGUUUCUGAAUCAGCGAUUUCCCAAGAAGCCGAUGACAUGGCAUUGGAAAAAGAGAAAUAUGUUGAUGAACUGAGAAAAGCAUUGGUAUCAGGAGGAAGACCAACUGAUGCAUACAAAUUCGAUUUUUCUAGAGAGUCUUGUCAUUUCUCCUUUGAGAAAAACCUGAAAGAUGUUUCAUUCAGACUUGGUUCCUUCAGUCUAGAGAAAGUUGCAAGUCCAGCUGAGGUCAUUAGAAAACUUAUUUGUGAUUGCCUGGACACCAUCACAGAAAACCAAGCCAAGAAUGAGCACCUGCAGAAGGAAAAUGAAAGGCUUUUGAGAGAUUGGAAUGAUGUUCAAGGACGAUUUGAAAAAUGCGUCAGUGCUAAGGAAGCUUUGGAGACUGAUCUUUAUAAACGGUUUAUUCUGGUGCUGAAUGAGAAGAAAGCGAAGAUUAGAAACUUACAUAAGUUGUUAAGUGAAGUUCAAGAACUAGAAAAGAACAUUGAGCAUGAAAGGGAAACCACAACACAUUCUGAAAUGGCUGCUGACAGGGAUGCAAUCUAUGAUGAAAGCACUGAUGAAGAGAGCGAAAACUUGCCUGAUCGCUCUGCGUUAGCUCCAACUGCUUUAAGAGGAGAUGAUUCCCCUGUUUCAAGUCCUGAUGUCACGGAUAUUGCACCAAGUAGAAAGAGGCGGCAGCGGAUGCAGAAGAAUCUUGGGACAGAACCUAAAAUGGCUUCUCAGGUACCUGGGCCUCAAGAAGAGGAGAAGUUUGAUCCUCCACUACCUGAGACGUCAAAAAAGGAGCACAGCUCAGCUGAAAACAUGUCUUUAGAAACUCUAAGAAACAGUAGUUCAGAAGACCUCUUUGAUGAGAUUUAACUGUCUCAAAAGGUUGUGUAACUCUCUGAUGCGGUUCCCAGCCUGUCUGGAAGAUUGUCAAACUCCACUUCAUACUAAGCAAUAUCCACAGAUUAAAUUUUUCUAGCAAUCUUUGGAAGUUGAAAGACUCCUGAUGGUAGAGUGACACAACCGGCCCACAACAGAAAGACCCCUUUCUAGCGCCCAGGUCUUGGGCUUUGAUACAAGUAAGAGUGGUUUCACCAUUUCCUUUAGGAGUGAUUUUUAACCUCUUGUGAAAUUGGCCUCCUUUCUCAAACAUUCCCAGCCCUGCUUUGACAUUCCCAUGUCCUGCAGAAUACGGUUUAUAUACACGUUUGGAGGAAUUGCUGUUGCUGUCCUCAUUAAUUCACUUCAUACACAUCUUUCUGGAGGCUGUAGGUGCCACUGUGCUGUUGGAAGCAAUAUUCUCAUCUCCUUCCUAAGGCUUCAACACUUUGUGCAGAGGUUCCAGUUCUGGAUCUAAAACUUGUAUGGGAGGAAGGGAGUGGAGUUCAAUACACUGGUGCUAUUCAGUGAAUAUGAAAUACCAUAAAGCAUCAUGAAAGAGGGGCUUACAUCCUGAAAGGAGACACUGUGAACUAACCUUUUAUUCCCUGGGAUUUUGAUCCCAGGACAAUUUAAAGUAUAGAGUAUCCAUUUCCCCAAAAUAAAGUGGCAGAAAUAACACUUCUUAAAAAAUUGAAUUACAUUUUGUUUUUCAAGUUUCAAGAGAAAACUCAAGACUGCAUUUUUCAAAGUCUUUCUGCUAGACACACACUCACUCGUUGG